AUGGCGCAGCUAUGUGUGCUGCUGUUCAUCUGUAGCGCAUUCGCCGGGCAAGCGGUGACCUCACUAAAAGUUAGCGAGGCAAUGGCGUUCGAUCUGGGUAGAGAGAAUCGCAAAUUGAUUGAAAGUCAAGUGAUUACGGCAAACGCGAAUAAUUACGACCCUGGGAAGGUCAUGACAGGAGCAGCUGAGGAGCGUUCUAUCGGUGCAUGGCCACUAUCAAUGGGAGUGGUGGCACUCCUAAGUCCUAGGACGGUGAGACCUGACACGCCAUUUGAUGGUGGUAUGAGAACCUUUAAGCGCAGCAAUGUGGCGUAUCAAUCGGGUGUCAAGAUGAGGAGAGCAGAUGCCGUUUUUGUUGUUCAAGCCGGUGGGACACUUAGCAACGUGAUUAUCGCGGGUGGUGGUGGAGUAUACUGCGAGACGCACAAUUGUGCGCUGGUGAAUGUGUGGUUUAAGGAUUCCGUACAAGGAGCGCUUCACAUAAAUUCGGGAACAGGUAUCACAACGGUCACAGGAGGAGGUGCUCGAAAUGUUGCGCGUCGAAUCAUCUUUGGCCAAGCCUCGGGUACCGUCGUUAUUAGUGGCGGCUUUUACAUGAUCAAUUCUGGUAGGUUGUUUGAAUCUUGCGGCACGUGUGGUCCGGUCAAACGUGCUGUGGUUGUCGAUGGGGUUGUGAAUAUCAAUCCGACUUCAGAGCUUAUACGUAUGAAUGCAAAUUACAAUGAUCGAGGCACGAUUUCCAAGGCAAGAAUUUCGACACCCAUGACUAACUAUCCCGUGUGCUUGGCCUUUAACGGUGGCGCUAUCCCAACGAUGCUGGGGAAUGGAGCCUCAGUCUGUGCAUAUGCAAAUGCUGCAGUAACAAUCAUACAAACAGCUUGA